AUGACCGUACCGGACCAUUUGCGCGCUUGCUUCAAUUUCAGUUAUCUCUUAUGGACGAGUUCGAGCAUUCCAGUAUUGGCGGAUGACUGGAUUGGUGAGGAAGUAACCGACGAGAGAAUUAGGAUUCCCGAGGAAUAUGAACUCGACAUGGACGAUGAGCACCAGGCGGUACCGAUCAAUACCUCAAAGAAGCCCAAGCGCAGAGAAUGGAAGCAUCAUCCUAUGGAACACGACUAA